AAAGGACCGAAACUUUGAGUAUGUCUGUCUCCGGGCGUGUUCACGUUUUUAUGGUCAUAUGAAGAACACGGAAACAGCGCACCUGUGAGCUGACGUCACUGUCUGCCUCUACCUGCCGCUCGAGGCGCAGCCCUCGCGCCUGCUUGCUCAGUAUACUUCCCACGGACGACACGAGGAAACAAAAAGGACACAAAAAGAAACAAAACACCGUGUUUUUGCUUUAUUCCGGACUUCUGUUUUGCGAGGAGUGUUAAAGGAUUUACAGACUGAUGGGGAGCGCUCGGUUGGCGGGGCUGGGCGUUUUAAUCGUCGUUUUUCAGGCCUUGACUUUAGUGAUCGCUAAGGAGCCAGCAUGCAUACCUCAUUUCAAAUCUGAUAAUCAGACGUUCAUAGUGUUCAGGAGACAACUGCAUCAUGGUGACAAGCUGGGCAGAGUGCGCUUUGAUGACUGCUCAGGACGGAUAAAACUUAAAUUCAGAACGAGUGACAGACAAUUCUCCAUACAUUCAGAUGGCAUGUUGAAGGUGAAAAAACAACUUUGUCUUCACGAAGCCCACAGGAAAUUCUUCGUCCAUAUGGUAGAUUUACAUGGUCACAAAAGUACAUUACCGGUCCAGGUAGUUUACCAUGGAAAUCACUCUGACCACCGCCAUGGAAGGUGCCAUCAGGAUGUGUAUGAUUCACACCAUCACCGUCACCACAAACUUGGCAGCAAUCCCCAUGGGUUCCAUAGAACCGGCAACCAUCUGCACGGCCACGGGCACCACAGAAAUGACAGCCAGCAGCAUCACCUUUCAGAGGAACACUCUGCUCAUAAUUCAAAUAACACAAAUGAAAUGCACUUGCCUGUGCUUCACUUCCCCGUUUCCAGUAAAGGCCUGAAGAGGUCUAAGAGGGACUGGGUUAUUCCUCCUAUAAGUAUUUCUGAGAACGACAAAGGACCCUACCCCAAACAAGUAGUCCAAAUUAGAUCUGACCGUGAUAAGGAACAGAUCAUACUUUACAGUAUUAGUGGUCCAGGAGCUGAUGAACCACCCCUCAAAGUUUUCAGAAUGGAAGAAAGAACUGGUUGGUUCUAUGUUUUGCAAGAAUUGGACAGAGAGAAACAGGACAAGUACCUGCUGAAAGCAAGGGCUCAGAUACUGGGAUCAGGAAAGGCAGAAGACCCCAUGGACCUUAUCGUGAAAGUACUUGACCAGAAUGAUAACAAACCUGUUUUCAUUCAAGACACCUUUCGUGCAGAAGUGCCUGAAGCCUCAUCAAAAGGUUUCCCAGUGGUGACUGUUGAGGCUACAGAUGCUGACGACAAUACUACAUACAAUGCAGAGAUUGCCUACAGUAUUAUCAGCCAGACGCCAGAGGAGCCAGUAGGCCUGUUCUUCAUCAACGCAAGGAGUGGAGCCAUCCUCCUUAAUAUUGCUCAUGGAUUAGACAGAGAGACAAACCCAGAGUACACUUUGGAAGUACAGGCAGCAGAUCUGGGGGGAGUUGGACUUACUGGAAAAUCAAAAGUGAUCAUCACUGUUACUGAUAGCAAUGACCAUGCACCAGUCUUCACUCAGUCAUCCUAUGAAGCAUUUGUUCUAGAAAAUAAUGUGGGAGCUCUGGUCACAAACAUGAUGGUAACUGAUGGUGAUGAUCCACAUUCACUGGCCUGGAAUGCAAAGUUCACAAUCGUUGGCGGUGAUCCAAACAAUCACUUCUCUGUUUCAACGGCACCCAGCAAAGACCAAGGAGUCCUUGUGACUGCUAAGGAACUUGAUUAUGAGACGACCAGCAAAUACACCCUUUUGAUUGCAGUAGAAAAUGAAGCUCCUUUUGCCAUUGCAAUGCCCACUUCUACUACCACUGUGACAGUGAAUGUGAAGGAUGUCAACGAAGCACCAAUUUUCUCUCCUGAGCAGAAACUUGUGGUAAAAAAGGAGGAUUUGGCUCUUGACUCUGAGCUGACACAGUAUACUGCUACAGACCCAGAUAUUAGCCGCAAUCAGAAAGUCAGGUAUAAAGUGUUGCGGGAUCCUGCAGGGUGGUUGGCAGUGAAACAAGACACAGGCCUGAUUCUAGUCAAGAGCUCCAUGGACAGAGAGUCCCCCUUUGUGAAGGACGACAAAUACACGGCACUAAUUAUUGCAUAUGAUGAUGAUGAGGUCCCAGCCACAGGAACCGGUACUCUAGUGAUCCAGCUGGAAGACGUCAAUGACAAUGCACCUACCAUUGACGAACGGGAAAUCAGGGUGUGUAACAAGGACAUGGUUCCACAGCUGCUGUCUGUAACUGAUAAAGAUGGGCCGGGAUUUGCUGCUCCAUACAGUGUCAUCUUACAAGGCUCAUCGAAGACCAACUGGACUGCUAAGAUGAAUGACUCUAAAACGGGGAUCAUUUUGACUUUAGCCACUGACCUGCCCCAAGGAGACUACAGUGUUGUCUUGAGGGUUGCAGACAAUCAAGGCAUGGAGCAGGACAGCACCAUCAAUGCCAAAGUGUGCAGCUGCACUGGAAAGUAUGAGGCGUGUACUGCAUUGAGAGAGGCUGGUGGCCAUCUGCCCAUUAUACUGGGAAUACUGGGAGCCAUCCUUUUGCUGCUCUUGCUGGUGUUACUGCUGUUGAUGUUCUUGAGGCGGAGGAGAGGUGAGAAAAAGGAGCCUCUGCUGCAGGACGACGAUAUCAGAGACAACAUCUAUUACUAUGAUGAAGAAGGGGGAGGAGAGGAUGAUCAGGAUUAUGAUCUGGGUGUGCUCCACCGUGGUCUGGAUAACCGACCAGAUGUGUUCAGGAACGAUGUGGCGCCAGUCUUCAUGUCUGCUCCACAGUACCGGCCUCGCCCUGCCAACCCCGAGGAGAUUGGCAACUUCAUCGAUGAUAACCUGAAGGCAGCAGACAGUGAUCCUACAGCGCCCCCCUAUGACUCCCUGCUGGUAUUUGACUAUGAGGGCGGUGGCUCUGAUGCAGGAAGCCUGUCCUCCCUGAACUCCUCCAGCAGUGGUGACCAGGACUAUGACUGCCUCAACGAAUGGGGGCCCCGCUUUAAGAAACUGGCAGACAUGUACGGAGGAGGAGAAGAUGACAUGCUGUAAUCGUAUGGAUCAGUGUUGCGCAUACCUGUGUCUGGUGUAGCUGAAAUCAUCCCAGGGAAAUUACUCAUCCAGCCCAUGCUGUCAGAGGCUUUUGUGUGUUGUAGUGUAGUUUAGCAUUCAGUGCUAAACUGUGACAGCCAAAGCUCAGAGGCCAAAGUUUGAGUUUUGGGGGGGUUUUUUUUUUUGUUGUUUUGUAAACUAAAAACGACUGCUUAGCGGUCAGCGUUCCAUGUUUUUAGAUCCAUAUUUGCCCUCCAGUCUACAGAUUUGAGUUGCAGAGCAGCAGCCUCAUUUAUUAAUUUUGGGCAGAGUCCACAUAUUUUAUCCUGCAUUAUAGCUUAUUGGGUGGCAAUGGACUCGCAUGCAGAUGCUUGCAGUUGCACUGGCAGUAUUUGUGUAACUUUGGCAUUCUGUGGUAUGUUUAUCUUAUACUGCUUCAGGUUUUCAUUAUUAUGUUGUACUUCAGUUUGAGAAAUGAAUUACAUUAGUAAUCGAUGUGGAAAACCUAACACAAACCAUUUCACCCCAGUGUGAGGGUGUGGUCAGAUUGAUUAAUAAAUGGUUUUUAAAGGGUUUGUCUGCUCACUUAAGAUUACAUUGUAAUACUUUUAUGCUGUUGCUUUCCUAACAUUGCAUAUUUUUUUAUAAAGUUUUUUUGAAAACUGGAUUUGUAGUUUCUUAUUUCAUUAUCCCAAGUGAACAAUUUUGAGUUUAAGGUCUUUAGUAUGUGUAGCCAUUUCUCUGUCUCUAUGGUUGCUGUAGUACCAUUGCUUACUUUUAGUAUUAUCAUCACAACAAAAACUGCAAACAUAUGUGAGAUUUUACUGAAAAAAAAAAACUGUCAAAGUUGACAUUGUGGGAUGCUAGACUUGCGAAUAGAAAACUGAAAAUUGUGAGUGGGGAACAUG